AUGUCUCGUUUCUCGGCGUACCUGAACAGGAGCAGCAAGUUCGUCCAGGACAACGCGUCGCGUAUGAUACGUAUGACGGGAGCGGACGAGCCCUCCCGCGCCCCAAUCACGCUCUUCAACUUUAACACCCACGAGGCUAUCAAGCAAUUCGCUACCGGGUGCGACUCGGACGUCGGCGGGAUGUCUAACGUCAACUUCGCGCUGGACGAGUCCACCGCGUCACCGUCCACGUCGAACGAAAAGCUCGCGGAGCUCUCCAGACCGACGGCGAAGUUCUGGGGCGAGAUGCGGCUCGGUGUCCGCCACGGACUCGAGGGGCGGAUCCGCGGCGGGUACGCGGGCUUCAGGAGUAAGGCACGCACCUACCUGACAUCGCUGUUUGGCGAUAUCAUGGACGACGUGUCGAUGCACAAGUUCCUUGCGCUGCGCGUGCGUGCCGCCGGGCACCCCCGCACGCGGAACUCAUACUACGUGAACAUCCAGACGGACGGGCCUAUCACGACCGACCUCUGGCAACAUCGGCUGUACUUUCGACGAGACGACGGCGGGUGGGAAGACAUCUACAUUCCCUUCGACGCCUUCGUCCUGACGAACGUCGGUGAGGUUUCGUAUGACCAGAUUCAGAUGUACCGCGAGCGCGUGCGCACCGUCGGUGUUUCGCUCCUCGGCGGGAACAGCAGCGUUGAGGGCCCGUACGAGCUCGGCGUCGACUCCAUCUUCGCGGUGAACGAGGAGGACGUCCCGCCAGACGCUGCACCUAAAACGGACGCUUCAAAUGGGACGCAGUGGGAGAGGCCGGCCGUUUGA